AUGACGACUCCUACCAACAUUGAUCCCAAGAAUGUUCAAGCAUAUUUUGCCCAAUAUCAGGGCGACAGGUAUGUUGAGGGCUGGGCCUCCCUUUGGGACAAAGGUGAUAAUCUGCCCUGGGAUCGUGGCUUCCCCAACCCCGCGCUAGAAGACACCCUGGUCCAGCGAGCUGGCACCAUUGGCGGGCCCAUCGCCCAGGACGGUGAGAGGCGGAAGGCCCUGGUGCCGGGCUGUGGACGGGGAGUCGACGUGCUCUUAUUUGCGAGCUUUGGGUAUGAUGCCUAUGGCCUGGAGUGCAGCGCGACGGCUGUCGAAGCGUGCAAGAAGGAGGAGAAGGAGAACCAUAGCCGGUACCGCGUGCGAGAUGAGAAAGUUGGGAAAGGGAAGGUCACGUUCGUCCAGGGGGAUUUCUUUGAUGAUACCUGGUUGAAGGAAAUUGGAGUCUCUCGAAAUGGAUUCGAUGUCAUUUAUGAUUACACGUUUUUCUGUGCUCUGAACCCAGAGCUCCGUCCUAAAUGGGCUCUCCGACACACCGAGCUCCUUGCUUCCUCACCUGCAGGCAAUCUGAUCUGUCUGGAAUCUCCUCGUCAUAAGGACCCCUUGGCCCCCGGCCCUCCAUUUGCCUCUCCCUCCGAGGCCUACAUGGAGCAUCUGAGCCACCCCGGUGAGAAGAUCUCGUACAACGAUAAGGGUCUUGUCGAUGCGGACCCGUUGCGAGAGCCCAGCAAGGCGGGUCUGGAGAGAGUGGCGUACUGGCAGCCAGAGCGCACGCACACUGUGGGCAAAGAUAAGAAUGGGGUGAUCCAUGACAGAGUCUCUAUUUGGCGUCGACGUGACUAG